CCCACCCCGCCCCGCCCCGGGCAGCACCGCCCCCCACGUGGCCGCCGCCGGGUGGGGCCGCACCUCCCCUUCCUCCCUCCAGCCCCGCCCGGCCCGCGAGCGCGGUUAGACUGUGCGGAAAGCAGCCGCGAGGCCGCCGCCCGCAGCCCCAGACGCUCCGGCGCCGGGACACAGCACUCUGCACCAUCUCUCGGCUGUACCCCCACCCGUUUGACAAGAUGUCUGUAAAGGAAGGCGCUCAACGCAAGUGGGCGGCGCUGAAGGAGAAGCUGGGGCCGCAGGACUCAGACCCCACGGAAGCCAACCUGGAGAGCGCCGAGCCUGAGCUGUGCAUCCGGCUGCUGCAGAUGCCCUCGGUGGUCAACUACUCGGGCCUGCGCAAGCGCCUGGAGAGCAGCGAUGGCGGCUGGAUGGUGCAGUUCCUGGAGCAGAGCGGCCUGGACCUGCUGCUGGAGGCGCUGGCACGGCUGUCAGGGCGUGGCGUGGCCCGCAUCUCGGAUGCCCUGCUGCAGCUCACCUGCAUCAGCUGUGUGCGUGCUGUCAUGAAUUCACAGCAGGGCAUCGAAUACAUCCUCAGCAACCAGGGUUAUGUGCGCCAGCUCUCCCAGGCUCUGGAUACCUCCAAUGUAAUGGUCAAGAAGCAGGUGUUUGAAUUGCUGGCUGCUCUGUGCAUCUAUUCGCCUGAGGGCCACGCACUGACGCUCGAUGCCCUGGACCAUUACAAGAUGGUGUGCAGCCAGCAGUACCGCUUCAGCGUCAUCAUGAGUGAGCUCUCGGACAGUGACAACGUGCCCUAUGUGGUCACCCUGCUCAGUGUGAUCAACGCCAUCAUUCUGGGUCCCGAGGACCUCCGCUCUCGUGCCCAGCUGCGGAGUGAGUUCAUAGGGCUACAGCUGCUGGAUAUUCUGACCCGGCUACGAGACUUGGAGGAUGCGGAUCUGCUGAUCCAGCUGGAAGCCUUCGAAGAGGCCAAAGCGGAGGACGAGGAGGAACUUCAGCGAAUUAGCGAUGGGAUCAACAUGAACAGCCACCAGGAAGUCUUUGCGUCCCUGUUCCACAAGGUGAGCUGUUCUCCAGCGUCGGCCCAGCUGCUGUCAGUAUUGCAGGGUCUCAUGCACCUGGAGCCUGCUGGCCGCUCAGGCCAACUGCUCUGGGAGGCCCUGGAAAACCUGGUGAACCGGGCUGUGCUCCUGGCCAGUGAUGCCCAGGCUUGCACCCUGGAGGAGGUGGUUGAACGACUGCUGUCCAUCAAAGGGCGGCCCCGACCAAGCCCCCUGGACAAGGCCCACAAGAGUGUCCAGACCAACUCAGUCCAGAAUCAGGGCAGUUCCUCCCAAAACACUACUACUCCCACAACUAAAGUGGAAGGCCAGCAGCCAGUAGUGGCUUCUCCCUGCCAACACGUGGGCAGCAUCCAGAGCUCCAGUGUUGACAUAGCGCCACAGCCAGUAGCCCUUGAGCAGUGCAUAACAGCCUUACCUCUACCUACCCCACCACUCUCCAGCUCCACCCCUGUGCUCCCUCCAACCCCACCCCCCCUGCCAGGCCCAGGGGCCACAUCUCCCCUUCCCCCUCCCCCUCCCCCUUUGCCUCCCCCUUUGCCAGGCUCAGGGACCACAUCUCCCCCUCCCCCUCCUCCUCCCCCUCCCCCCUUGCCACCCCCUCUGCCAGGCUCAGGGACCAUAUCUCCCCCUCCACCCCCACCCCCACCUCCCCUACCAGGUACAGGGGCUGUGUCUCCCCCACCCCCUCCGCCACUUCCAUCUCUGCCUGAUUCCCACAAGACCCAGCCCCCGCCCCCACCCCCACUCCCUGGCAUGUGCCCAGUUCCUCCCCCUCCCCCACUACCCAGAGCAGGCCAGAUACCUCCACCUCCUCCCCUGCCUGGUUUCUCUGUCCCCUCCAUGAUGGGUGGUGUGGAGGAGAUCAUUGUGGCCCAGGUCGACCACAGCCUGGGCUCAGCCUGGGUCCCCAGUCACCGCAGAGUGAAUCCACCCACACUGAGAAUGAAGAAGCUGAACUGGCAGAAGCUGCCAUCCAAUGUGGCACGAGAGCGCAACUCCAUGUGGGCCACACUGGGCAGCCCCUGCACAGCCGCAGUGGAGCCCGACUUCUCCAGCAUUGAGCAGCUGUUCUCCUUCCCCACGGCUAAGCCCAAGGAGCCCUCUGCUGCCCCCGCCAGGAAGGAGCCCAAAGAAGUCACUUUUCUGGACUCCAAGAAGAGCCUGAACCUCAACAUCUUCCUGAAGCAAUUUAAAUGUUCCAAUGAAGAAGUCACCAGCAUGAUCCAGGCUGGAGACACCAGCAAGUUUGAUGUGGAGGUCCUCAAACAGCUUCUAAAGCUUCUUCCAGAGAAGCAUGAGAUUGAGAACCUACGGGCGUUCACUGAGGAGCGAGCCAAGUUGUCCAAUGCUGACCAGUUCUAUGUUCUGCUCCUGGACAUUCCCUGCUACCCGCUGCGGGUGGAGUGCAUGAUGCUGUGUGAGGGAACGGCCAUCGUCCUGGACAUGGUGCGGCCCAAGGCCCAGCUGGUGCUCACUGCCUGCGAGAGCCUGCUCACCAGCCAGCGGUUGCCAGUCUUCUGUCAGCUGAUCCUCAAAAUCGGGAAUUUCCUCAACUACGGCAGCCACACGGGAGAUGCAGAUGGUUUCAAGAUUAGCACCUUGCUGAAGCUCACAGAGACCAAGUCCCAGCAGAGUCGCGUGACGCUGCUGCACCACGUGCUGGAGGAAGUGGAGAAGAGCCACCCGGACCUCCUACAGCUAUCCCGGGACCUGGAGCCACCCUCUCAAGCUGCAGGAAUCAACGUGGAGAUCAUCCACUCAGAGGCCAGUGCCAACCUGAAGAAGCUUCUAGAAGCGGAGCGGAAGGUGUCCGCUUCCAUCCCUGAGGUGCAGAAGCAGUACGCUGAGCGCCUCCAGGCCAGCAUUGAGGCCUCUCAGGAGCUGGACAAGGUAUUCGACGCCAUUGAGCAAAAGAAACUGGAGCUGGCUGACUACCUGUGCGAAGACCCCCAGCAGCUGUCCCUAGAGGACACGUUCAGCACCAUGAAGACCUUCCGAGACCUCUUCACCCGUGCCCUGAAGGAGAACAAGGACCGGAAGGAACAGAUGGCAAAAGCGGAAAGGAGGAAACAGCAGCUGGCGGAGGAGGAGGCCCGGAGGCCGAGGGACGAGGAUGGGAAGCCUAUCAGGAAGGGGCCUGGGAAGCAAGAAGAGGUGUGCGUCAUCGAUGCCCUGCUGGCCGACAUCAGGAAGGGCUUCCAGCUACGGAAGACAGCCCGGGGCCGGGGAGACACUGAAGCAAGUGGCAGAGUGGCCCCCGCAGAUCCUCCAAAGGCCACAGAGCCUGCAACUGCCAGCAAUCCUACCCAGGGCACAAACCACCCUGCUUCAGAGCCCUUGGAUACCACAGCAGCUGACGAGCCGCAGGGCUGGGACCUUGUGGAUGCUGUAACCCCCAGCCCCCAGCCCUCCAAGGAGGAAGAUGGUCCUCCAGCCCUGGAGAGGCGCUCCUCCUGGUAUGUGGAUGCCAUUGACUUCCUGGACCCUGAAGAUACCCCGGAUGCCCAGCCCUCUGAGGGGGUCUGGCCAGUGACUCUGGGAGAUGGUCAAGCUCUGAAUCCCCUCGAGUUCUCUAGCAAUAAGCCUCCUGGAGUCAAGAGCUCGCACCAGGACGCUACGGAUCCUGAAGCCUUGUGGGGCGUCCACCGAACCGAGGCAGACAGCACCAGUGAGGGACCAGAGGAUGAAGCUCAGCGAGGACAGAGCACCCACCUACCCCGCACAGGCCCCGGAGAGGAUGAGGAUGGAGAGGACACAGCCCCAGAAUCUGCACUUGACACGUCCCUGGACAGGUCCUUCUCUGAGGACGCAGUGACAGAUUCCUCAGGGUCUGGCACCCUCCCCAGGGUCCAAGGCCGGGUCUCAAAGGGGACGAGCAAGCGGAGGAAGAAACGUCCCUCAAGGAACCAAGAAGGGCCUGGGACCUCUCCCUGCUGUCCUGCUGGUCCCUCUCUUACCCCUGCGGGUCCUACAGGCUCAACCAGCAUCCAGGAGAGAGGGUGAUUCAGUGGGGCACAGCACUUCACACAAGAGGGCAGCUUGGGGGGCCACUGCCUGCAUCACUCACCUGCUGCACAUUCCUGCCUCCACACCCCUUCUGAGGGGAGUGGAGCAGGGUAGCCCUGGGCUCUUGCUGCUGCAGGGUGGUCUGACAUUAAGUUCCUAAUUGCAGCUUCUUUUGUCACCAUGACCAAAGAAUCAACUUUGGUCCAGUGGUUAGUUUCUGACCCUGUCCAAGAGUGUUGGCACAGCUAGCCUGGCCCCCACAGAUCCCACCACCCUAAGUUCAGGGCUGUCUCGUGUGCUAAGCUGAUGAGUGUAUUUCCUUUAUUUGAAAGCAGAGUUUGUCCCUGAUUCUGAUGAUAUUAAGGCAAAAAGGCUGUGUGUGAUCCAGUGAGGUAUGUAUGCAGCCUGGCUUGUGUUGACUAAUGAUGACAGCGGGUUCCGGGGCCUCAGCCUGCUGCCUGGCCCUCCUGAGCACUAACCUAGCUUGUCUCCAGCCCUCUCGGGAUACCAGUAAACCCCUCCCUUGGCUCAUGGUGGUGGUGCCUCUGCUGUGCUGCCUUGUUAGAGAAGGCCUGGCUGCCGAGCCUUGCCUGCCCAGGGUCUUCUCACUCCCAGCUGGACACAACCUCAGAACUGGACUCCAGAUGGGCCUCCAAGGCAUGGUAGAGAGAGCCAAGCUGCGCUCCCUGUAGGGAGUGGGACUCCAGGCCUUUGUGGGCACAGUGUGGGCUCUUUGGGGAUGGCUGUUUCUUAGUCCUGCAGGACAGACUGAGGUUGUCCCUAUUCGUGUCUCGGCCCUACAUGGUCAAGGUAAUGGCCGCUUUACUAAUCCCAGCUUCCCAAGUAGGCACCUUCCCUCCGCACGGGGCCAGUCUUCCCAACGCUACUCUCGCUCGCCUAUGGUCUGGGUUAUGGUCAAACAUAUGCCUGAAAAGACUGUAGAAAUGGGUGUGUCAAGUGCAGAUGCUGCCAAAGGCAAAGGGGCAGGGGCCUCCCCUCCUUGUAGCCAGGAGCAGAGCUGGAUCCAUGUAGACGCCAGGUUGUCUUUCUUAGUGUUUACUUCCACGAACAGAGACCAUGACCAAGUCUUAUAAAAACAUUUAAUUGGGGCUGGCUGACAAGUUCAGAGAUUCAGAAUCAUCGAGGCAGGAGCAUGGCGGCAUCCAGGCAGGCAUGGGUCAGGGGGAGCUGAGAGUUCUACAUCUUCAUUUGAAGGCUGCUAUUUGUGGAAUACUGACUUCCAGGCAGCUAGGAUGAGGUUCUGAAGGCCACGCCCACAGUGACACACCUAUUUCAGCAAAGCCACACCUCCUAAUAGUGCCACUCCCUGAGCCAAGCGUGUCUGAACCAUCACACAGGUCUUCCUCAUAUGGACCAUGGUGGGUCUUCUGGGCUCCACUCGUGGCAGGACAGCCAGAGCCAACAUGUGGCCCAAGACGUUAAAGAUGCAUUUAGACCAGCUUGGGGCCCUGUCCCGUGGCCAGGAACCAUGGAUGGAGGAAGGCCCGGAUAGGACAAAAAAGUCUGGCCCCAUCAUGAACUGUGGGAGCCUGAACAAACCCCAAACAUCUCUGGCCCGGCACAGGGACCCUGGGUCUGCCUGCCUGGCACUCUGAACUGCUGGCCACUGGGCUGAAGUCUCAGGAUCGAGGUACAAGGAUGAGGUCUGUUGGUGCCUUGUAGGCAGGAGCCACAGGGAGCUCAGAGCAUGAGUUUACCGUUACUCUUGGCCCAGCCUGUGCAGUGGUCAUUCCUCAUUUUUUCAGUACUGUUGACCCUGAAGUCUGGUCUGCCCCAUUGGUUAGUGCAUUUUGAUGAAAACCAGCUCAUGUGUCUCUGGAUAGGCAGCCUCUCCAUGCCGAGCACCCCUGUUCUAGCUAACCCAGAUGUGCUCCACUCCUGCGUUGGUUGGUUCAUUUCCCCGCUCCCUGCAGUGUCCUAAUAAUGCUCUGGGCGAAGCUUUGACAGCCUCUGCUCUGCCCCUUUUCCCUUCCCUUCUGGGCAGAUUCUCAAGCUCAAGGCUCCAAGGGGGAACCUGGAGCCCCACUCACCGCUGGUGGAAAAGCGGGGUUUUUAGGCAACUCAGAGAGUAUUGGGAGCAGGGUUCCUACAGGCUCAGGUUGGUGGCAGUUUCAGUGUGUGGCUGCCAGCCCAGGGCCCUCCCUGGGCAGCACCCAGUCAGAUAGGAAGCAGGAAGGACCAAGUCCGGUUCAAAGGACCCAGUGAGGCUGGUUGAGAGCAGACAGUGGGUAUGGGUCUGUGAAAAGUAGGCCAUUUCAGCCUGGCGUGGUGGUGCACGCCUUUAAUCCCAGCACUUGGGAGGCAGAGGCAAGAGGAUUUCUGAGUUCAAGGCCAGCCUGGUCUACAGAGUGAGUUCCAGGACAGCCAGGGCUAUACAGAGAAACCCUGUCUCGAAAAACAAACAAGUAGGCCAUUUGGAGCCCACUGAAGACAGUCCAGCUCAAGAAAUCACACCUGGUUGUGACAGCCUCUGAGACAGCAGCCUGCGGGAAUCAACUUAGCUCCAUCCACUCGGAUGAAUUCUGCAGCCCAGAGAAGAAUCUGGCACCAGAGUGGACCCGGAUACACUUCAGGGUCUGGGGAUGGCAGUGAGACCCUUUAUUGGGCAUCUAGAGCUUCCUGACAAAGGCUGCUGUAACAUUCUCAUUUCCUUCCCCACAGGCCUCAGGUCCAGGCCCAAAGCCAAGUGAGUGCUCUCGUCGGCUCAGCACAUCGGCUGGAUGUGUUGCCUGGAGAGGCUCUUCGGGGCCAGGCUGGGACUGGGCCCCCGAGAAACCCAAACUCCGUGCCUUACCCAGCCAGGAUCCUUGGGAGCCUUGGGCAUUGAUGCUGGGACCUGGCCUGGCACCCUGGGCCACCUGCACGCUCUUAGCCCCUGCUUUUGCAAACCACUCCCACCCCCUAUCGCAUGCACCACAGGGGUGGACGGGAGCCUCCUGCCUGGCUCUAGGGAGAUGGAUCACAGACACCUGCACUGGGGCUGAAACAUCCCCUCUCCCCCAACCCCCAUGGCUCAGUUGAUUUUUAGCUGAGUGCUGUUUUCUGCAUCUUUAUUCUGCUAUGGCUGAGUUGAGGUUAGUGAGGGACUGAGGGAAUGCUCGUUGGAAGUGCUGUGGGUAGGACCUGGCAGGUAGGCUCUAGGGAACAAAUAAACAAAAAGUUCAUGUGCACAAUGAGUGGUGACCAGACCACUGCAGCUGUCAUCUCCCUUGGUGUGUGCCCAGUGGGGAACAAGCUGCCCCUGCUCAGCCCCUCUCAUGUGUGCACUGUUGAGUCUGCAGGCCAGCAGGGAUUUUAACCAAUAAAGAGCAACCUUGUCUGUCA